AUGGUGGACGAGUCAACUCCGUUGUACUCGGAUCUGCGCGCAGCCGAGAUCUAUCGCCAGCGGCGCAUUGCUAAGAUCGUGGCUUUAGGAACCUUGACGCUGGUGAUCGUCGUGGUGUUCGGCUUUGCGACUACCGCGAACCAGACGCCGUCGCUCGCCACUGUCACGGAUGCAGAUGAUGCGACAACAGUGUGUGGCAGCGCAGCGAAUGAAGCGGGGUACAUCAAGCUGCCAAACAAGCAGGACGAUCAUUAUUUCUACUGGUUCUUUGAGUCCCGUAAAGCUCCAGCAACGGACCCGCUCGUCCUCUGGCUCAGUGGAGGCCCUGGAGUCUCCAGUCUGUUGACGCUCUUGAGCGAGAAUGGCCCGUGCUUCGUCAGUGAAGACUUGUCCACUGAGAUCAACCCGAACUCGUGGAACACUGAAGCCAAUGUCAUCUGGUUGGAUCAACCCACGAACGUCGGCUACUCGGUCGGCAGCCCGGCGGACGUCGAUCACGACGAGAAUGACGUCCAGGAGAACAUCUUCUGGUUCCUCCAGGGAUUUAUGGACAAGCACCCAGAGCUCCAAGACCGGCCAUUGUUCCUCGCAGGCGAGAGCUACGCUGGCCACUAUGUUCCUGCGGCGGCGCACAAGAUCUACCAGGAGAACAAGACGGCCAAGAAGGGGCGUCUCAACCUUCAGGGCAUCGCUAUCGGCAACGGCUUGGUCAACACUGUCGUGCAGAGCAAGCACGGCUUGGAUAUGGUCGACAACGCGUACGGAGUUAAGUUGAUGGACGACGAGACUCUGGCGAGAGCAAAGAUCGCAGAGAAGCAGUGCAUCUCGCUUGUAAGAGCCUGCCAAACAAACUUGAGCGUGUGUAUCGAGGCUGCAGAGUUCUGCGAACUCAAUGUCAUGGGCGCGUACGUUGGUGCGGGUCGCAACAUGAUGGACAUCCGUCAGGAAUGCACUGAGCUAGAUCCGAUCUACUGUUACGGAGAUAUGGUCAAGCGUAUCACCGGGUAUCUGAACUCAGACACAGUACGUUCAUACCUGCAUGUAUCGGGUGUGCACCCCGCACCGUGGCAGGCGGCAGCGGCGGAUGUAGAGCUGGCGUUCGCUGCGGACUUGAUGAAGACGUUCGAGCAGCACGUUGAGGAGCUGCUGGGUGACAGCUCUGUCCGUGUGCUGAUCUAUCAUGGCGACGCCGACCUGGUGUGCAACUGGUACGGCGGACUGGCGUGGACAAGAGCGUUAGCGUGGCCUCAUCAAAAGGAGUUCCAGACGGUCGAGGAGCACGUGUUUGAGGUCGAUGCGAGAGACACCGGGAGUGUUUGGACGUACGCCAAGCGACUGACGUUCCUGCGAGUGUUCAACGCGGGUCACAUGGCGGCUAUGGAUCAACCGGAAGUGGCGCUCGAGAUGAUCAACCGGUUCCUCCGCAAUGAAGAGCUGUAG